UUUCUCAAAUUAGCCAGGAUACGCUACAAUGUCAUAGCAGCAAGAUCAUAAGAAUUCUAAAAGAAACCUGAUUUUAUCAUAGAACACGAGCAUUGAUAUAUCGAUAAUGGGCGAUGUAAGUGAAGAAUCGUUGUUGGAUUAUUUCUACUCAGCCGGAGGGAAAGUAAAAAAUUCAGAUUUAAUGAAAACAUACAAGCCUUUUAUUGGUCACAAGGACAUGGAGCUGCGUGCCAAAUACAGAGAGGAGUUCAAACAGAUCAUCGACAGGAUUGCUGUUGUGAAAUCAGAGAAUGGUGAGAAGUACCUAGUUCUGAAGAAGAGAUACCGGCAGCAGAAGCAGGACAGUGAGACAGAACCUGGGACAGACAGACAGGCCAGCCCUGCCAGGCCAUCGGCCUCAGCCCAGUGGGAUGGGUCAGGGGUCUCGUCUCUCUCCAGUGCCCAGAUGGAACCAGACCUCCAGCCUGAACCGGCCAAGCGGGCAGAGGAGAGGAAGCCUUCCCGGGUGACGUGGUGUGGAAGAGGCCCCAGCAUUACUGUCACAGAUGCACCCGAGCAGGAGCACAUGCAAGAGGAUCAGCACACUGAGAGAAAACCCUCACCGUCUGUUUCAGAGGAACCCCUUGUGCACAGCAAAGUGGAGAAUGAGCCAGACAGAGACUCAGGGUCAAAGUCAGAGUCCGAAGAGCAGGAAGAGGAGUGUACGGGCAGUAUGGGCUCCACCCCAGUGGCUCUGGACCCUGUGGAGAAGGAAUGGAUCUACUCUGCUGCAUGUGGCUGUCUCUCUGACCUCGCCCAGCUGCUACAACAGGAGCCCUCCCUGGCCAACAAGAAGGUCUGGGUGCCAUUUACAGCUCUACACUGGGCAGCCAAACAUGGCAAAGAGGACAUGGCUGCCAUGAUGGCCAAUGCAGGGGCUGACGUCAACACUAAAUCUGGCUAUACACCCCUGCAUAUUGCAGCAUUGCAUGGCCAUCGAAACAUUUUGGAGCUGCUCAUUGGAACAUAUGAUGCGAAGGAGAACCUCCGGGACUACAGUGGCCAUCUUGCAUGCCAGUACCUGAACAUCAGGGAGCCUACAGAGGAUGACAGAGCAGCUCCAGAGGAGAUACAAUUCCCUGAGUUCCAUAUGGCCCAGGCCAGAGACCGCAGCAGGAACAGGAAGUUGACCUCGUUGUUCCAGUCCAAGAAGAAGUGGGGCUCAGCGGAGGAGCUAGCCCCUGUAGAGGAGGAAAAGGUGGCACUUGCACCGCAUCAACUCAUCGUCCCCGCAUUCAGACCCAGAAAAUUCUCACGCUGAGAAAGUAGGUAACCAAAUGCCCCAACAUGCAUUGAUGACAUAAGUGCAUGUUCAGUCAGUGUAUGUUUAUUUGAAUUUGAAUAUAUGCUUUUAUGGUAUGUAUGCUUGUGUGUCUCGUGCCUUCAGAAAGUAUUCAGACCCCUAAUCGAUUUUCCCCCUAAUCAUCUACACACAAUACACCAUAAUGACAAAGCAAAAACAGGUUUUAAAAAAUGUUGCUAAUUUUUUAUUUUUUAAAAACAUCACAUUUACAUAAGUAUUGAGACUCUUUACUCAGUACUUUGUUGAAGCACCUCUAGCAUCGAUUAUUCUUGGGGAUGACGCUACAAGUUUGGCACACCUGUAUUUGGGGUGUUUCUCCCAUUCUUCUCUGCAGAUCCUCUCAAGCUCUGUCAAGUUGGACGGGGAGAGUUGCUGCACAGCAAUAUUCAGGUCUCUCCAGAGAUGUGUGAUCGAUCGGGUUAAAGUCUGAGCUCUGGCUGGGCCACUCAAGGACAUUCAGAGACUUGUCCUGAAGCCACUCCUGCAUUGACUUAGCUGUGUGCUUGGGGUCAUUGUCCUGUUGGAAGGUGAACCUUCGCCCCAGUCUGAGGUCCUGAGCGCUUUGUAGCAGGUUUUCAUCAAGGAUCUCUCUGUACUUUGCUCCGUUCAUCUUUACCUUGAUCCUGACUUGUCUCCUAGUGCCCACUGCUGAAAAAUAUCCCCACAGCAGGAUGCUGCCACCACCAUGCUUCACCAUAGGGAUGGUGCCAGGUUUCCUCCAGAUGUGACGCUUGGCAUUCAGGUUAAAGAGUUCAAUCUUGGUUUCAUCAGACCAGAGAAUCUUGUUUCUCAUGGUCUGAGAGUAUUUAGGUGCCUUUUGGCAAACUCAAAGUGGGCAGUCAUGUGCUUUUUACUGAGGAGUGGCUUCCAUCCGGCAACUCUACCAUGAAGGCCUGAUUGGUGGAGUGCUGCAGAGAUUGUUAUCCUUCUGGACGAUUCUUCACAGAGGAACUCUGGAGCUCUGUCAGAUUGACCAUCAGGUUCUUGGUCACCUCCCUGACCAAGGCCCUUCUUCCCCGAUCGCUCAGUUUGGCUGGGCGGCCAGCUCUAGGAAGAGUCUUGUGGUUCUAAACAUCUUCCAUUUAAGAAUGUUGGAAGCCACUGUUCUUGGGGACCUUCAAUGCUGCAGACCUUUUUUGGUACUCUUCCCCUUUUUUGGUACUCUGUGCCUCGACACAAUCCUGUCUCUGAGCUCUACAGACAAUUCCUUUGACCUCAUGGCUUGGUUCUUGCGCCGACAUGCACUGUCAACUGUGGGACUUUAUAUUGACAAGUGUGUGCCUUUCAAAUCAUGUCCAAUCAAUUGAAUUUACCACAGGUGGACUACAAUCAAGUUGUAGAAACAUCUCAAGGAUGAUCAAUGGAACAGGAUGCACCUGAACUAAAUUUCGAGUCUCAUAGCAAAGGGGCUGAAUACUUAUGUACAGAUGAAGUCGGAAGUUUACAUACACCUUAGCCAAAUACAUUUAAUCUCAGUUUUUCACAAUUCCUGACAUUUAAUAAUAGUAAAAAUGCACUGUUUUAGGUCAGUUAGGAUCACCACUUUAUUUUAAGAAUGUGAAAUGUCAGAAUAAUAGUAGAGAGAAGGAUUUAUUUCAGCUUUUAUCUCUUUCAUCGAAUUCCCAGUGGGUCAGAAGUUUACAUACACUCAAUUAGUAUUUCGUAGCAUUACCUUUAAAUUGUUUAACUUGGGUCAAAUGUUUCGGGUAGCCUUCCACAAGCUUCCCACAAUAAGUUGGGUGAAUUUUGUCCCAUUCCUCCUGACAGAGCUGGGGUAACGGAGUCAGGUUUGUAGGCCUCCUUGCUCGCACACGCUUUUUCAGUUCUGCCCACAAAUUUUCUAUAGUAUUGAGGUCAGGGCUUUGUGAUGGCCACUCCAAUACCUUGACUUUGUUGUCCUUAAGCCAUUUUGCCACCACAACUUUGGAAGUAUGCUUGGGUUUAUUGUCCAUAAUAAUGGGAAGACCCAUUUGCGAUCAAGCUCUAACUUCAUUACUGAUGUCUUGAGAUUUUGCUUCAAUAUAUCCACAUAAUUUUCCUACCUCAUGAUGCCAUCUAUUUUGUGAAGUGCACCAGUCCCUCUUGCAGCAAAGCACCCCCACAACAUGAUGCUGCCACCCUCGUGUUUCACGGUUGGGAUGGUGUUCUUCGGCUUGCAAGCCUCCCCCUUUUUCCACCAAACAUAACAAUGGUCAUUAUGGUCAAACAGUUCUAUUUUUGUUUCAUCAGACCAGAAAACAUUUCUCCCAAAAGUAUGAUCUUUGUCCCAAUGUGCAGUUGCAAACCGUAGUCUGGCUUUUUUAUGGCGGUUUUGUAGCAGAGCCUUCUUCCUUACUGAGCGGCCUCUCAGAUUAUGUAGAUAUAGGACUCGGUUUACUGUGGAUAAAUGUACUUUUAUACCCGUUUCCUCCAGCAUCUUCACAAGGUCCUUUGCUGUUGUUCUGGGAUUGAUUUGCACUUUUCGCACCAAAGUACAUUCAUCUCUAGGAGACAGAACAUGUCUCAUUCCUGAGCGGUAUGACGUCUGCGUGGUCCCAUGGUGUUUAUACUUGCGUACUAUUGUUUGUACAGAUGAACAUGGUACCUUCAGGUGUUUGGAAAUUGCUCCCAAGGAUGAGCCAGACUUGUGGAGGUCUACAAUUUUUUCCUGAGGUCUUGGCUGAUUUCUUUUGAUUUCCCCAUGAUGUCAAGCAAAGAGGCACUGAGUUUGAAGGUCGGCCUUGAAAUACAUCCACAUGUACACCUUCAAUUGACUCAAAUUAUGUCAGUUAGCCUAUCAGAAGCUUCUAACGCUAUGACAUAAUUUUCUGGAAUUUUCCAAGCUGUUUGAAGGCACAGUCAACUUUGUGUAUGUAAACUUCUGACCCCAUGGAAUUGUGAUACAGUGAAUUAUAAGUGAAAUAAUCUGUCUGUAAACAAAUUGUUGGAAAAAUGACUUGUCAUGCACAAAGUAGAUGUCCUAACCGACUUGCCAAAACCAUUGUUUGUUAAGGUUAACAUGAAAUUUGUGGAGUGGUUGAACAUUUGUUUUAAUGACUCCAACCUAAGUGUAUGUAAACGUCCGACUUCAACUGUAAAUACCUAUUUACGUAAUUAUUAUUUUUUUCAUUUUUCAAAAACCUGUUUUUGCUUUGUCAUUUGGGAUAUUGUGUGUAGAUUGCUGAACAUUUUUAUUUAUUGAAUCCAUUUUAGAAUAAGGCUGUAAUGUAACAAAAUGUGAAAAAGUAAAGUGGUCUGAAUACUUUCUGAAGGCACUGUAUGUAUGCUUUUAUGGCAUAGAGAGCUCUAACUAUUGACCUGUUUUUUUGUUUGUUUAUCGCUUUGAUUGUAUUGUAGCAAUCUUCAAACAUUAUUUGAUUGUCAUUUUAUUCAAUUUAAGUCUCAUUUUAUUGUAGAGAGAAAAAUGUUACAAAAACUUUACAUAUGGAGCUAUUUUGCAUUCUGCAUUGAUUUUUGUCUUGUUCUUUCAAUUUAGUCUGUAUUUGAAUUUUACUUGCCUUUUUCUCACACCGUGUUUAAUUAUGAAAGCGAACAAGCAGGUGGAAUGCAAACAUUAUUUCUCGUUGCGAGGGCUGAUGUGACAUUCCAGAUUUGAAGUGCCAUGUUUAUAUGUUGAUUGCUUUCUGUUGUCCGUUGGUUAAUAAGGGAUGUUGUUUUGUAUAAGUUCACCCUCAGUAUUUACAUUGUAUUUCUAUUGAAGGUCAAAACAAUAACAGAUUAUUGGCAUAGAAUAGUCAGUUCACAAUGAAGUGGCUGUCUUAUAAGAUUUUGAAACAAGAGUUAAUUGAUGUGCCAUGACUUUUCAUUGUGUGUUUUUUCUCAAGUUGUCAGUAUUGCCUCAGUCUGAACAUGCUUCUGAUCAAGCUUGUUUUGUUUUGCACAUUAUUUAUAUUUUAGUAAAUAUUUUGAUAUUAAACUGCCAUUUUGUGCUACAAA